AUGGCAAACACAGAAUGGAGAAAUCAAACCAUCACCACAGAAUUCAUCCUCCUUGGAUUUGGCAAUUUACCGAAAGAGAACAUUCCACUCUUCCUGCUGUUUCUCCUGAUCUACAUUGUGACCAUGGCCGGGAACCUCCUCAUCAUCGUGCUGGUUGUGGCUGAUCACCACCUGCACACCCCUAUGUACUUCUUCCUGGGGAACUUGUCCUGUCUGGAGACCUGCUACAGCUCUGCCAUCCUGCCUAAGAUGCUUUCAGGUCUCCUUAACAAUAACAAAACCAUUUCUUUCUUUGGCUGCUUACUUCAGUAUUACACCUUUGGGAGCUUACUCUGUACUGAGUGCAUCCUCUUGUCAGUCAUGUCCUAUGACCGGUACUUAGCAAUAUGUGACCCCCUGCAUUAUGCAAAUGCAAUGAACCCCAGGAUCUGUGCUAAACUAGCUUCAAGUUCUUGGAUAACCAGCCUCCUGGUCCUCACCAUAACAGUAAGCCUAAUGUCAACAUUGACUUUCUGUGGCCUCAGUGAAUUUGACCAUUUCUUCUGUGAUUUGGCACUCCUACUAAAACUCUCCUGUACAGACACCCACCUGGUCCGAGUGGCAAUUUUUGCCUUUAGUUCCUUAGUGACAUUUCCCCCAUUUCUACUGACUAUUGUAUCAUAUGCUUGUAUCAUUGCCACCAUCUUGAGAAUCCCAUCUACCACUGGGAGGCAAAAGACAUUUUCCACCUGCUCCUCCCACCUCAUUGUGGUAACCGUCUUCUUUGGGACCCUAAUCGCUGUGUAUCUCACACCAACAGUGGAUACUUGGAAAGCCCUGAACAAAGUGCUGUCUGUCUUCUACACUGUCCUCACACCAAUGGUCAACCCUCUCAUCUACAGCCUGAGAAACAGGGAGGUAAUGAAGGCACUGGGCAGGGCUCUUAGUCAAUGGAGAAUUUUCAGAAGAACUCAGGAUGCUGCAGCCUCACAGUAG